CUACAAAACCGUUCACAAAAUCUCUCCGAUUCGUCGUAAAAUUUCUUUUUCCGGUCAAACCAGACGCCGGCCACAUGUUUCUCUGCAUCCAGAACACACGCAAGAAAUUGAUUCAAAGUCAAAGUUCAAAGAUUUGAGAAAGAUCAAACUUAGUUUUAGUCUAAUCUGGUGUUCCAUCUGCUUGUUAUUUGUUUUCUGAUCGAUUCUCACUUCGAAUCGUAUAUAGAGAUGCGGUGUGUGAUUUCAUGUUGUUGGAUAGCUAAAAUAUAAGGUUUGUGGUUCAAUGCAUUCUGUGUGUAACAAUUCGUCAAUCAACGCUUUGAAAUCAAGCAGUGAUAAUAAUAGGAAUCGGAAGUCGGAUAGCCCUAACAGGAGAAAAGCUAACAGUAAUUUUUCGCCUCGGAGCUCGAUUAUGGGUCCACCGAAGGCUACCGCUUUUUCUGAACCGAAGGUUAUCACCGGCGACCAUGGAUACGUCCUUGAAGAUGUUCCUCAUUUGACUGAUUACAUCCCUGAUCUUCCAACUUAUCCUAAUCCACUGCAAGAUAAUCCUGCAUAUGCGGUUGUUAAGCAGUAUUUUGUCGAUAUGGAUGAUACCGUUGCUCAGCAGAUUGUUGUUCAUGUCAAUAGUCCUAGAGGCACACAUUUUCGACGUGCUGGACCUCGCCAAAAGGUGUACUUUAAGCCAGAUGAGGUUCAUGCUUGUAUUGUGACAUGUGGAGGUCUAUGCCCCGGUCUCAACACUGUGAUUAGAGAAAUAGUUGGUAGUUUACAUGAUAUGUAUGGUGUUACUAGAAUUGAAGGGAUUGAAGGAGGAUACAGGGGUUUCUACUCUCGAAAUACAAUACCUUUAACACCAAAAGUUGCUAAUGGAAUUCAUAAACGGGGUGGCACUAUAAUUGGGACAUCACGAGGUGGCUAUGAUAACAAAAAGAUAGUCAAUAGUAUCGAAGAUCGGGGAAUCAAUCAGGUAUAUAUAAUAGGAGGAGAUGGAACACAAAAAGGGGCGUCUGCUAUCUAUGAGGAAGUUAGAAGGCGGGGUCUUAAAGUUGCAGUUGUCGGGAUCCCAAAAACUAUUGAUAAUGACAUUCCGGUUAUUGAUAAAUCAUUUGGCUUUGAUACUGCUGUUGAGGAGGCUCAGCGUGCUAUUAACGCAGCACAUGUUGAGGCAGAGAGUAAUGAGAACUGUAUUGGGCUUGUUAAGCUAAUGGGACGUAAUAGCGGGUUUAUUGCGAUGUAUGCGACUCUUGCAAGCCGAGAUGUUGAUUGUUGUUUGAUUCCUGAGUCACCUUUCUAUCUGGAAGGACCAGGGGGUCUUUUUGAAUACAUAGAGAAAAGAAUAAAAGAAAACGGGCAUAUGGUAAUCGUGGUAGCAGAAGGUGCAGGCCAAGAUCUUGUUGCCGAGAGCUUACGAACUAACAGCAAUAAGGAUGCCUCCGGAAACAAGGUUUUGGAUGACGUUGGCUGGUGGUUAUCUCAAAAGAUCAAGGGUCAUUUCAAGAAACAAACAGAAAUGGAGAUCAACCUGAAAUACAUAGAUCCUACGUACAUGAUUCGAGCUGUUCCAAGCAAUGCAUCAGAUAACGUCUACAGUACUCUUCUAGCUCAAAGUGCUGUUCAUGGAGCCAUGGCUGGAUACACCGGCUUCACCGUCGGCCCUGUCCAUGGCAGAGAGUGUUACAUACCAUUUUCAAGAAUCACGGAGAAGCAAAACAAGGUUGUGAUAACGGAUAGAAUGUGGGCUCGGAUGUUAUCUUCAACGAACCAGCCGAGUUUUUUGAGUACAAAAGAUAUCAUCGAGUCGAUCAUGGAGGAAGCGCCACCGACCCAAUUGCUAGAUGACCAAGUGACGGAAAAUGGUUCGGUGAACGUGAAAAGGAUUGUUUGCUAAUGGCCGGGAUGCGAUAAUUGAAAUAAGUAAGUCAAGUAUAUAUAUUUAUAAAAAUGGUAAUUAUAUAGUUGGUAUAAAAGAGACAUCCAUUGCAGAUUUUGAUGAUCUCUGGAUGAUGAGAAGUGUGUUUCUUGUAAUUGCUUUAUAAUAAGGGAAGGAAACUGAAUCGUAUCUUCCAUGCUGAUAUGAAUGUUUGGUUUUUGGCACUCU